AUGGCUGCCUGCAACACCUGCAACAAGGAGGAGCCUGCAGUUCAGCUCAGGCGGUGUGCCAAGUGUUCCACCACGCAAUACUGCUCUCGGGAAUGUCAAAAGGCCGACUGGAAAGCCCACAAGAAGAUCUGUGGCAAGCAGGCAGAUUCAGUUGCCAGUGCCAACGUCCAUGAUCCAGACGAAAUGAGCCAGUCCCCAAAGAAGGGUCUGGAGAAGUCUGUUCCCAACCCCUUUACUCGUCUCGACAACGGCACUUACCUGCACAACCGUCCUGAGGAAGACGUCUAUCGGCUUCUGAUUGACACCUAUCGUCUCCGCAUGGACGACAUGUACAAUCUUGAAAGUCAAGCAGAUGGAGACAGUCUCUACGGCGGUGCUUCAGACGGGCUACGAGGCUUUCAACGUUUCUUACGACAAGCAUCAGUCCGAAGAGGGCUGCUUCCUUCAUGGUGGACACCAGAGAAGCAGCAGGAGUGUGAGCAGUUGGGAAUGGAUUCAAGUCAGUGGCAGAACUUGAAGAAGAAGACGAGUAAGCAGGAGAUCAUUGACUACUAUGGAGAUCCUCGCUUCCCUAUGCAGUUGCGUAUGGUUGGAGAGGCUGUGUAUCUGAGUGCCCCUGGAGGAGGUGAUGGUUCACAGAUGAGAAAGAUGAUGGCUGCGAUGGAGGGAGGUGGAAUGGAGGGGAUGGGGAUGAGCAUGAUGGAUGCAUCGUCGUUCCGUCGCUGA